AUGGCCAUAGAUAUUAUAACGUCCGGCGGCAUCGUUCUUGCGGAACAGCUCUUUACCCAAAUCAAUAUCAUUGAUGACAAUAACCGGAUCGCCCGACACCCAGAAGCUCGUCAGACCAGUGGCCUUUUGUACCCUUUAGAUCUAUUUAGACAAAUGGCACCGGUAUGGGUCCGGGCGGCAGUUGAUACACACGGUUUUGAAGGUUACCGAGACGUAACACUAUUAUCAGUGGAUACAAUCGGGAACUUGAAAAGUGGUAACAAAACUGUAUUAAUAAUGAACGCAAAGUUUGUUUGUGUUUUGGUUUUGAUGUCUGGUUUGUUGGCGACCAGUGUUUGGGCCGAAGUGUCGGUGGAGUCAAUACAAGAGCAACAGUUUUACGCUAAACUCAAUGGCAGUUAUUGUUACGACAGUGCCGUCAAUGCGAUAACCGGUGCCAAUGAUAUCAAACGCUUUUGUUGGUACGUUUGUAUCGGAAGAGCUUUUCUUGAGCUCAUCAUAAAUACCAAUCAGGAAAAAACUGAGAUUAUUAGUGGACCCGAAGAGGAAUUGGCCAAAGAGUUGGAAAUUAAAGCCAUAAAUGCUGCCAAUUGUUCACAAUAUGAUCAGUCAUUAGAUUUGAUAACCCAGGCUAUCAAUACAGCUCCCAGAAGAGCAUCGUGGCCGUUCAUUAAUUAA